UGCAUCCUUCUCAAACUCAAGAGAAACAAUGGAAAUGAACGAAACCAGCAGCUAUUACAUCUCUGCACAGACCUUCAGCAUCUCUGAUAUUAUAGUAAUCGUGGCAUAUUUUAUCCUGAAUGUGUUUGUUGGCAUGUGGUCCUCUUGCAGAGUGAGCAGGAACACGCUCAGUGGAUAUUUUCUGGCUGGCAGAGAUAUGUCCUGGUGGCCUAUUGGGGCAUCUCUAUUCGCCAGCAGUGAAGGUUCUGGGCUGUUCAUUGGACUGGCUGGCACUGGGGCAGCUGGAGGAAUUGCAGUUGCUGGAUUUGAAUGGAAUGCCACCUAUGUGUUACUGCUGCUGGCUUGGGUAUUUGUACCAGUCUACAUAUCCUCUGGGAUAGUGACCAUGCCUGAAUACCUGCAGAAAAGAUUUGGAGGAGAGAGAAUUCGGAUGUAUCUGUCUGCCCUGUCACUGCUGUUGUCCGUAUUUACAAAGAUAUCUACAGAUCUGUACUCGGGGGCCCUGUUUGUGCAAGUGUGCCUUGGAUGGAACCUGUACCUCUCGACGGUUCUGAUGCUGGUUGUCACAGCUCUCUACACCAUAGCAGGUGGCCUGGCUGCAGUUAUCUACACUGAUACCCUUCAGGCAGUUGUCAUGAUCAUCGGAACAGUGAUACUGACCAUUACAGCUUUUAAUAAGAUUGGAGGGUACCACAACCUGGAAAAUGUAUACCUAAAGGCAGUUCCAAGAAAGAUUAUUGCCAAUACAACAUGCCAUCUCCCCAGAGCUGAUGCCAUGCACCUCUUCAGGCAUCCCGUUACAGGAGAUCUUCCAUGGACCGGCAUGACUUUUGGCUUGACCAUACUAGCGACAUGGUAUUGGUGCACAGAUCAGGUUAUUGUUCAGCGGUCGCUAUCAGCGAAGAACCUGAGCCACGCAAAGGGUGGCUCCAUCCUCGCGAGUUAUCUCAAAAUGCUGCCGAUGAUUUUCAUUAUAAUGCCUGGGAUGAUCAGCCGUGCCCUCUUUCCAGAUUCAGUGGCAUGCGUUGAUCCAGAAGAAUGUUUAAAAGUGUGCGGGACCAAGGUGGGCUGUUCUAACAUCGCUUUCCCAAAGCUCGUGAUUGAACUAAUGCCAGAUGGUUUACGGGGACUAAUGAUUGCAGUUAUAAUGGCUGCCCUCAUGUCAUCGCUGACAUCGAUAUUCAACAGCAGCAGCACACUGUUCACCAUGGACAUCUGGAGAAAGAUCCGGAAGGAUGCCAAUGAACGGGAACUACUCCUGGUUGGAAGGAUUGUGACUGUGAUACUGGUUGCGGUUAGCUUGAUCUGGAUCCCCAUAUUACAGAGUGCCAACAGCGGCCAACUUUUUGUCUACAUUCAGUCAGUCACCAGCUACUUAGCUCCUCCAGUUACUGCAGUCUUUCUCCUUGCUGUUUUUUGGAAAAGAGCGAAUGAGCCUGGUGCAUUCUGGGGACUGAUGAUUGGAUUGGCAGUUGGACUAGUGAGGAUGAUUAUGGAAUUUGCAUACCCUCCGCCGCGAUGUGGGGUGUACGAUCCAAGACCUUCAAUCUUGAAGAGAGUUCAUUAUCUCCACUUUGCGGUCAUACUGUGUGCUCUGACUGCUCUCGUUGUCAUGGCAACCAGCCUGCUGACAGAGCCUCCCAACGAAAGCCAGAAGACAAAUGUUACUUGGUGGACUCUAUCCCGAGAAAGAAGGCAGCCAGACAUCUCCCUGGCAAAGACAUCUCCUGAGAGGCGGGCCUGGGAGAGUGGAACAGAGGGUAGGAUGACUUCAACCUUUCAACGUUUCACAGGUACAAAGGAGACAAUAGCACAGAAAUGGUCGUGGACUAACCUCUUCUGCAAUAUCAAGGCAGGCAGAGACAACAUGCCCAUACAGUGCAACCUCACUGAUAUCCAUGAAAACCCAUUCUGGUCCCGGGUUUGUUGUAUAAACGCAAUCAUUCUCGUUUCUGUGAACAUUUUUCUGUAUGCAUACUUUGCUUGAGCAAACAAUGCCACAUCUAAAAGAAGUCUGAAUGUAUGUUUGUAGCAUGUGAUUCCUACAAUCGCAUAGUCAAUGGAAUUUGUAGAUAAAUUGGUUUCCACAAGGAUCUCCAUCCUGAGGAAACACCUCAUAGUUGAGUGACAACUGUAUUAGUUUCUGUUAAGCUCUGAUUGUUAUAACCUUCUCCAGCCCCAUAAUAUUCCCCAAAUUUCUGCUCUUCUCUAAUUCUGCCUUCUUCCACCACUCUGCUCGAUAGGGAGAGUGGGAUUUACUUGGAUUGUGGGGGGAGGAAGAAGGGAACAUGGUCUUGGAGUGCUGGCAAGAACUCAGACUCCUUCCUAAAUUUCUCCAUCUCUCCCUCCCACAUUAGGAUGGUCCCUUAAACCUGCCUCUUUUUACCCAUGCUUCGUCAUCUCUCCUAACCUAUCUCUCCGUGCCUCAGAUUCAAAUCCUGUUUGAAGCACAUUUGGUGUGUUUUACUAUAAAAAUUCUCAUGCAAUUUUUUGUCCUAUACACCAAUUUCAAUUCCCAAAUUGCUUAUUCCCACGCACUACUCCUAGCUUAAAAUGGAAAAUGGACAAUUCACAUUGGAAAAUACUGGGAGCAGCAAGCCAAACAGCAUCUGUGGAGAAAGACACAGAUUCUGACGUUUCGAGUGUGAGCUCAUUUCUGAUUUUCUGCUUUUGUAGCUUUGAUCUUACUG